AUGACGCGGAAAUGUGAUGGAUCAGAAACGGCUAAAAACUUGAAGGUUGUUUGUUACUAUGCUAACUGGUCUCAAUAUCGAGCUGGUAGUGGUAAAUUCCUUCCCGAAGAUAUCAACCCAAAACUCUGCACCCACAUCAUCUUUGCGUUUGCUAAAUUGUCUGGCAACCGAUUAGAAACUACAGAAUGGAACGACAACAGUUGGAAUUAUCCUCGCGGUUUAUAUCAACGAACCCUCGACUUAAAGAAGUUGAAUCCCUCCCUGAAGGUAAUGUUGGCUGUCGGAGGUUGGAAUGAAGGUGUGGACGGUUUUUCGGCCAUGGUGUCAACUUGGGGUAAUCGACAGGAAUUCAUUAGAACAAGUAUUCAAUAUUUGAGAGAUAUUGGUUUUGAUGGAUUAGAUUUGGAUUGGGAGUAUCCCGCUUACAGAGGCAGUCCAGCUAUAGAUAAACAAAGGUUUCAAUUUCUUGUAGAUGAAUUGAGGAUGGAAUUUGAAAAAGAUGCUACUAAAACAGGAUAUGACAGACUGAUAUUAUCUGCUGCCGUAUCAGCAACACCUAGUGUUAUUGAUGGUGGUUACGAAGUACCUACUAUAGGAAAAUAUUGGGUUGAAAAAGGUAUGCCGAGAGAAAAAAUCGUUGUUGGUAUGCCGAUGUAUGGAAAUACAUAUACCCUGGCUAGUCGGUAUAAUUCGGGUUUAGGUGCACCAGUUACAGGAGGUGGGACGAAAAGAGCAUACUCAGGUGUAUCUGGAACCAUUUUAUAUUAUGAGAUAUGUGAAAGUAUAUAUGGUAGUUAUAGAACUGUGCGAGAUUAUGAUAUGCAGACACCAUAUGCUACAGCUGGUGAUCAAUGGGUUGGGUUUGAUGAUGAAAAAAGUUUGGCUACUAAGAUGGAUUGGGUGAUAUCAGAAGGAUAUGGUGGAGCUAUGAUCUGGGCUAUAGACUUGGAUGAUUUUAGUGGUGGUUUUUGUGGAAAAGUAUAUCCUCUAUUAUCUGUUAUCAGUAAUUGUUUAAUCUAUGGAAAAGGGUAA